GGGGGACGUGUAUGGAAGAUGUCUGGAAAGAGAGACUGGACUCCGUGGAUGAAAAAGAGAAGGGCUCCAGUGUUGUGUGCUCUGGGUGCAGUACUCCUAUGCUGCCUUCAGAGCGGCGCCUCCAUCUCUGAUGAGGUCCCAGCUUUCACCGAAGAGCCGGCGUCCGUGGUGCAGAAGUUGGGAGGCAGCGUGAACCUGCGCUGUAGCGCUCGGCCGUCCUCCGCCAACAUCAGCUGGCAUCACAACGGUCAGGAGCUGUUGGACGGAGAGCUGGGCGUAGUUCUGGGGCCCGGUGGCCUGUUCAUUCCCACACUCUCCAACGUGACACUGGGGAGGUACCAGUGUGUGGUCAGCACCAGCGCCGGAGCUCUGGCCAGUGUGCCCGCUAAUGUCACCGCUGCCAAGCUGCGGGACUUCGAGCCCGACGACCAGCAGGACAUCGAGGUCGAUGAAGGCAACACGGCGGUCAUCGAGUGCCACCUGCCCGAGAGCCAGCCAAAGGCGCAGGUCCGCUACAGCGUCAAGCAGGAGUGGCUGGAGACUUCGAAAGGGAACUACCUCAUCAUGCCGUCAGGGAACCUACAGAUCGCCAACGCCACGCAGGAUGAUGAGGGUCCGUACAAAUGUGCAGCCUACAACCCCGUCACUCAGGAAGUCAAGACGUCCGCCUCCACCGACCGCCUGCGCAUACGCCGCUCCACGUCAGAGGCCGCUCGCAUCAUUUAUCCGCCGGCGUCGCGCUCCAUCAUCGUGACCAAGGGCCAGCGGCUGGUGCUGGAGUGCGUGGCCAGUGGCAUCCCGACGCCGCAGGUCACGUGGGCGAAAGACGGCCAGGAGCUGCACUCGCACAACAACACGCGCUUCCUGCUCAGCAACCUGCUGAUCGACGCGGUGGGCGAGAGCGACUCGGGGACGUACGUGUGCCGCGCCGACAACGGCAUCGGCUCGGCGAGCUCCGCGGCAGUGCUCUACGACGUGCAAGUGUUUGAGCCUCCUCAGGUGACCGUGGAGCUGCAGCAGCACGAGGUCGCGUACGGAGAAAACGUCCGCAUCAUCUGUCAGGCCCGCGGUAAACCCGCCCCGUCAGUGAUGUGGCUCCACAACGCCCGGCCCCUGGCGCCGUCGACUCGCCACCGCCUCACCUCCCGGGUGCUGCGGGUCUCCAAUGUGGGGCCUCAAGAUGACGGACUGUACCAGUGCAUGGCUGAGAACGGGGUGGGCAGCUCGCAGGCCUCCACUCGCCUGAUCACGGUGUCAACUGGGAUUUCAACACGGGGGAAGUUACCCUCGAUCUAUCGGCCACUCAGCCCAGACAAAGUGCUGAGAGAGCAGCCACCUGUGAGGCCUGGAGCUACAGGGGCCAUGUUGCCCCUGGACUGCUCCGAACUACCCGGACAGAUCCUUCCCGCAGAAGCUCCUGUCAUCCUCAGCCAGCCACGCACAGGCAAAGCCGACUUCUAUGAACUCACCUGGAGGCCGCGGCACGAGCGAGGAGCCCCUGUUCUGGAGUAUCUGGUCAAAUACAGAAAGUUGGGAGAUCCUCAAGCAGAGUGGAUCUCCAGCAGCAUCUCAGGCUCUCUUCAUAAGCUGACUCUGGUUAAGCUGCAGCCCGACAGCCUGUAUGAGGUGGAGAUGACGGCAAAGAACUGUGCCGGUUUGGGACAGCCUGCUAUGAUGACCUUCAGAACCGGGAAAGGUGACAAAGGUCGCAAAGGUUUCGGAGGUCACAACGACCCGCCCAAAACUCCAGCUGUGCCUUCGCCGAGCCUCUCCCCUCCCGAGGCCCCCGACAAGCCCACGGUCUCCACGGCAACGGAGACGUCCGCGUACGUGACUUGGAUUCCUCGCGGUAACCGCGGCUUCCCCAUCCAGUCGUUUCGGGUGGAGUACAAGAAGGUGAAGAAGGCGGGAGAGGACUGGGUGACGGCGGUGGAGAACAUCCCGCCGUCGCGGCUCUCCGUGGAGAUCACGGGCCUGGAGAAAGGUACGUCAUACAAGUUCCGUGUGGUGGCCGUGAACGUGAUCGGUUCCAGUCCUCCCAGUGUUCCUUCAAAGGCCUACACUGUGGUGGGUGGGAGGACACAUGAGCGCCCUGUAGACGGACCCUACAUCACCUACAAUGAAGCCAUCAAUGAAACCACUGUCAUCCUCAAAUGGACGUACACUCCCGUAAACAACACGCCCAUCUAUGGUUUCUACAUCUACUACCGGCCAACAGACAGCGACAAUGACAGUGACUAUAAGAAGGAUGUGGUGGAGGGAGACCGAUACUGGCACUCCAUCACUGACCUGCAGCCCGAGACGUCCUACGACAUCAAGAUGCAGAGCUUCAACGAGAAGGGGGAAAGCGAGUUUGGAAACGUGGUGAUCCGGGAAACCAAAGGUGAGGCCACUAUUGUGUAG